AUGUGCCAUCCGGGGCUGCCGCCUCUGCCGCCGGGCUGCGCGGUCAGGCGGCGGGAGCGGCAGGCGGCCGUGGCACCGUUGCCCUCACCGUCUGUGCCACGGGCGCGCCACGCGGCGCCGCACUACUACUGCGUGUGCUCGCCCACGGCGCACCGGGGCUCGUUCAGGUGCCGGUUGCACCGCAGCGGCUUCGAGUGGGGGCGCCGGCGGCCGAUCGCGAACACGCCGGGGCGUGCUGAAGCCGGGACGGCGAUGCACGCGCGGAUGGCGGCGCCUUGA